GAAAAAAAAACCCCUUCAAAAUGAGUACUAUAUGAGAGGCCCUAUUUUUUUCCUAUCAAGGAUAUAACACUGUUAUCCCCUUGUCUUCUCAUUCCUCCCCCAAUUUCUUCCUCACUCUUAUCCUUCUCCGCCAUGGCUUCAAUUUCAGCAGCGUCUGCCACCGCCACUUCUUCUACUAAGCUCCUAAACCCUUCUAAUCCCCUUCUUCCUUCCGCUACUAAACCAUCCAAGCUUAUCCUAUCCUCUUCAUUUACCCCCAACUUUUCUACCCUUUUCCUCCACUCACCCGCCGCUACUUCUCCCACCACCCACCACCAACGCCGCUUCACUGUCCGUGCUGCCCGUGGCAAAUUCGAGAGGAAGAAACCCCAUGUCAAUAUUGGUACUAUUGGCCAUGUUGACCAUGGAAAGACUACCCUUACUGCUGCUUUAACCAUGGCUCUUGCUUCUAUGGGUAAUUCCGCUCCCAAGAAGUAUGAUGAAAUUGAUGCCGCCCCAGAAGAGCGUGCUCGUGGGAUUACUAUUAAUACGGCUACGGUUGAGUACGAAACUGAAAAUCGACACUAUGCCCACGUGGACUGCCCCGGUCAUGCUGAUUAUGUCAAGAAUAUGAUUACUGGUGCUGCCCAGAUGGAUGGAGCUAUUCUUGUUGUUUCCGGUGCUGAUGGCCCAAUGCCACAGACCAAAGAACAUAUCUUGCUUGCUAAACAAGUGGGUGUCCCUAAUAUGGUGGUGUUUUUGAACAAGCAAGAUCAGGUUGAUGAUGAAGAGCUUCUUGAGCUUGUUGAGUUGGAGGUAAGAGAGCUUUUGUCUAGUUAUGAGUUCCCUGGUGAUGAUAUUCCUAUUGUUUCUGGCUCUGCUCUUUUGGCUUUAGAGGCUUUAAUGGCAAAUCCUAGUAUUAAGAGAGGUGAAAAUGAAUGGGUUGAUAAGAUUUUUACAUUAAUGGACAAUGUUGAUAAUUAUAUUCCUAUUCCCCAAAGACAAACUGAGUUGCCUUUUUUGAUGGCUAUUGAAGAUGUGUUUUCAAUCACUGGUAGAGGUACAGUGGCAACAGGGAGGGUAGAGAGAGGGACUGUUAGGGUUGGGGAGACCGUUGAUAUUGUAGGAUUAAGGGACACCAGGUCUACUACCGUGACUGGGGUUGAAAUGUUUCAGAAGAUUUUGGAUGAAGCAAUGGCUGGAGAUAAUGUGGGAUUGUUGUUGAGAGGUAUUCAGAAGAUUGAUAUUCAGAGAGGAAUGGUGUUGGCAAAACCUGGAACAAUCACUCCUCACACCAAGUUUGAAGCUCUUGUGUAUGUCCUGAAAAAGGAGGAGGGUGGCAGGCAUUCCCCAUUCUUUUCGGGGUACAGACCUCAGUUUUACAUGAGGACCACUGAUGUGACUGGGAAGGUUACUUCCAUUACCACUGAUAAAGGAGAUGAAUCUAAGAUGGUCAUGCCUGGUGAUCGCGUGAACUUGGUGGUUGAGCUCAUUAUGCCUGUGGCUUGUGAGCAAGGGAUGAGAUUUGCCAUCAGGGAAGGAGGAAAGACUGUUGGAGCUGGUGUCAUUCAGAAAAUUCUUGAGUGAUCAACGAGCAGCAGCGCAUUUCCAUUCAAAAUGGUCCGGUCCUUGUCAUGCAAUAUUUUUAAUCCCUUGUCAUAUAUGCAACGUUUUGGUUACUUCUUUUCUUUUAGAUCAUAGGUUAGUUGGAGAAAUCUUGUUAUAAGUCAAUGCUAGUGCACCUUUGCGAGUUUGCUUCAAUUUUUGUUUGUUUGUUUGAAAAGAAGGAGAACAUUUUGUAUCUUGUGUACGUUUAGUUUCCCUCAGGAAAAAU